AAAAAUUACCACGCGGUAAUAGAGUUGACUCGGUCGGACAUACUCCCAAAGUCAACUCUCCUCCUGCACCACUAUUUAUUUUUCACCUUAGGUGGAGCCAGGGGCUAGGGCUAGGGCUAGGUUUAACGUAUGUGGCUGCUGAUGGGAAGGGUAAACAGCCAAUCUCCGGCGGCGGUGGCGGUGGCGCUGAAGCACUUUAGCCAUCCUCACGAGCUUCUCCCCGUCGACGUCGCCUCUCCCAGGCACAGCCUCUGCUCCGGCUGCGGCCUCCAGUCCAGCGCAACCAUGUACGCCUGCUUGCCCUGCAACUUCGCCCUCCACCAAUCCUGCGCCAAGCUCCCCCGCCGCAUCACCCACCCCUGCCACCGCGGCUGCACCCUCUCCCUCCACACCACCCCUCCCUACGAAGGCGGCGCCUUCAGCUGCGACGCCUGCAGCCUCCAGGGGGACGCGUGGAGCUACCACUGCGCCGGGUGCGAGUACGACCUCCACGUGACGUGCGCGUGCAAGCCGCUGGAGGCGAGGCACCCGGCGCACGCCUCCUGCCAGCUCAGCCUCACUUUUAAGAACCCCUACGCCGACACCGCAGGAUUCUCGUGCGACGUCUGCCGCCGGAUCGGGAGCAAGCAGUGGCUCUACCGCUGCGACUCGUGCCAGUUCGACGUGCAUUUGGACUGUAUUAGCGCCGCCGCCGCGGCGCUGCAGCACCAGCACUCCCUGCCGGCGGGUCCACUGUAUCCUCCUCCUCAUCCUCCUCCUCAGCUGCCACACAGCGCAAGUACUGGCGGCGGAGGAAUAAAUAAUCCGGGUGGAAUGGGAAUGGGAAUGGGAAGCAAUUUGAUGAUGGCGGCAAUGCAGGGAUUCGUGGAGGGCGCGUUUCAGGGGAUCGGGGAGACUAUUGUGCAAGAUGUGAUCACGCAGGCCGGCGGCGGAUCGGAAGGUGCCUUUGCUAUGGACGCCGGUGGGGAAAGUUAUGCGUCUGGCGGGUAUUAAUUAUUCUCAUAUGUUCAUAUUUGCAGCUAAAAUUCAUUUACCAUAUAUAUCUUGGUUUGAUUGAAACUUGGGUAAUAAUGUAAUGCAUACCUUUUGGUUUGAUUUUAUUUAUCGCUCAUAAUAUGUACUAUCAAUAAUGUAUAUGCAUUCCCGUUCCAUUAAAUCUAAUGAAAAUUGAAAGCCACGGGUGUAUAUAGGGUAAACUUAAGUGGACGGGUUCU